GCGACUGCUUAGAGAACACUCUAGCCUGGUCUAAAGAAGCAGCUCGGGGAUUUCGACCAAGCUGGGCUCAGAAGCCAGUUGUUGGCGCUGUCCGUGGUGCUGAGGAAUUCCCGGCUGCCGGCAGAAUGAGCUCCAAAUCAGCAGUCUGCAAACUGCUCUCAGUGAUGCAGAAACCCAGCUAAAGUUGCUCCUUUCCUUCAUGUCCACAGUUAGCAUUUUCUGGUGUGUAAGAAGGGAUUCAAGCAACAUAUCGUGGACGAUGCUGAUGGUAUUGCCGGUGGAGCGGGCUUUAAGCUACAGUACGCUGUUGCUGUUUGUGAUCCUCAGAGCCUAGCCAAAUCACCUCUACUGCCGUAGCAAACACUGUGUAAGUGAACUCAUGUGUGGAGGAGGCGUAAUCAGCCAGGAAAUUUCAUAGAAGGAUCUAAGAAAAUGCUAAAAAUAAGUUCAACAUGAUUCUGCUACUGGGGUCUGGAUUUCUACAGGACCAGCAUUGCUUCUUUCUUUGAAUUCUGAAGACAGGUCCAAAGCGUAUUUCUUAUGUGUGUCUGCUGUGUUUCUCUCUGGAAGGGUGGGAGACUGCUUCUUGACUGUGUUUUGAAAUGGGAGGUAGAGAGAAUGGAUUGCCUUUAGUUCAUGCCUGAAAAUGUAUUCUUUGGGUGAUUAAAGAGGAACUGCUUUCCUAAAACAUACCUGACCUUUAAGUUCAUAUUGGUCUUUGACCCCCACCACCACCAUUAACCUCCACAGUGACUAGCCUACCCCUCUUGUAUUCCCAUGGAAGGAGCUGAGUAUAUGUAAUAAUAGGAGGACACCCAGAAGUCUUUGAGGAGGGGCAUGGCUCUUCAUAUUCAUGAAGCUUGCAUACUUCUAUUGGUCAUCCCUGGAUUGGUCACCUCUGCUGCCAUCAGUCAUGAAGACUAUCCUGCUGAUGAAGGUGACCAGACCUCCAGUAAUGACAAUCUGAUCUUUGAUGACUAUCGAGGGAAAGGGUGUGUGGAUGACAGCGGCUUUGUAUACAAGUUGGGAGAACGGUUUUUCCCAGGGCAUUCCAACUGUCCAUGUGUCUGUGCUUUAGAUGGACCUGUUUGUGACCAGCCAGAAUGCCCGAAAAUUCACCCAAAGUGCACAAAAGUGGAACACAAUGGAUGCUGUCCUGAGUGCAAAGAAGUGAAAAACUUUUGUGAAUAUCAUGGGAAAAAUUACAAAAUCUUGGAGGAAUUUAAGCCCUCUCCAUGUGAAUGGUGUCGCUGUGAGCCCAGCAAUGAAGUUCACUGUGUUGUAGCAGACUGCGCAGUUCCUGAGUGUGUCAACCCAGUCUAUGAACCAGAACAAUGUUGUCCUGUCUGCAAAAAUGGUCCAAACUGCUUUGCAGGAACUACAAUAAUUCCGGCUGGCAUUGAAGUGAAAGUGGACGAAUGUAACAUCUGUCACUGUCACAACGGGGACUGGUGGAAACCUGCUCAAUGUUCAAAGCGCGAAUGCCAAGGCAAGCAGACUGUGUAGGACAAAUUCCCAACCAAUGACGAGUUCUUAGGAGAGAAUGCUAUGGCUUCUACACUGCACAUGUUUAACACAAAACAAAACAAACCAACAAACUCCUGCCAGCUACAACAGGGUCACCAGCAAAACCUUUUAGGGUUGACAAAAGUGAAUAUUUUACUAAGAGGAAAUUUCUCUCUUUUUCUCUUGCUAUAUAAAAUAUAUAUGGUAUAUAGCUAUCUAAACCGCUUUUGUAAUUACCAAUGCUUGGUGGUGACUUGACGACUGGAUUUCUGGAACAAAAAGAAAGAAAUAGCCUUGCACAGGCUCCUUCCCUGGUGAUGCCUUCGACCUGCCAGUUCACCAGGCCCUGAUUUACUCCAUUUUUCACUCUUCUGUACAUCCUCCAUGCCAUUUCUCUUAGAAUAUUUUUUUUUCCACUAUUAGAACCUAAAGGGCCAGAUUUGACUACACAGAAAAUUUUGAGAUGUGUCAAAAAGGUUUAUUAAAGAAGCAUCAGGGGGAGCAGGAAGAUGCAAGAGCAUCCAACCAAUCCCACCCCUGGAGUAAAUAAUAUGCCCUGUAAGCUAAGAAAAGAGGGGUGCGCACACCAGCGGACCCUCUGCUGGACAUGGUGGGCAACUGGUAUUUUGUCCGUUAUGUGGGGGCUCCUAAUUUGAUUCUUACAAACCACAUAUUUCAUAUGCAAAACCUUGAAACUGCCAAUCAAAAAAUGAAUAGGUAAAGAACACCAGGAGCUUGACUCAAGACUCCAAAGAGACACAGGUAUUUAAAAUGGUAGCAUUAGUCAUCAGACUUUUUCAUGAUGCUGAAUUUGAGUUUGGUUUGUAACUAAACACACUGUAAACCCACUCUGUCACUGGGCAAUAUAAAUACCAGAACCAGGGUGAGUAGCCCCACUGUGAAUCUGAACCCUUCUGAACCUUUCUGACUUCCUAGUUCAGCUGUGCCUGAAAGCCAGAAUUACACAUGAGCAGUUUUUAUGGUUCAGGAUCACAUUUGCCAUGUUACAGGAAAAAAAAAAAAAAAAAAAACCGCUCAGCCCUAAGUCUAAAAUACAGAUUCAGGACACUUUUUCCACCUCAAGUGCUGAUUUAAAUUAAAGAUUAGGGUAGAGUGAGUCUUGCACAAUAUAAUUCCAUUUGUUGAACAUUUUUUAAAAUGUAUAUAUUAGAUACUGAACUAUUAAAGUGAACCUUCGAAGAGUCUCAAGGUUGCCCUGGAAAUGCUGCUAGUAUAGUAACAGAAAAAUACAUAAAUAAAUAAAACAUACAGGGUAUCUGAUGUCACCUCGAUCCAAGUGCAAAAUUUGUAAUUCUGAGGCCACAUGGCAUAGUUAGUCACUUAUUCCACUUGCCUGUCCUAAAAACCCUGGUGCAGAUCUGAUAGGGUUCUUGAGGAAACUUCAAGGUUGUCUUCAUUACCAGUGUUCUUCUUUUUCUGCUCCCACUCUAACCUAGGUUUUGCAGUGGCUCCCGUGGAGUGCUAUAUUCUAGCUCAGGAUGUCUCAUCCUUAGUCAUAUCGACAUUUUGGGCCAGAUCACAAUUUGUCAGUGGGGGCUGUCUUAUACAUAUUUAGGAUAUUUUGCAGCAUACCUGGCUUCUGUCCACUAGGUGCCAGUAGCAACCCCCAGUGGUGACAACCAAAUGUCUCCAGACAUUGCCUAAUGGCCCCAAAGGGGUGAGGUGGGUGCAAAAUGUUAACUGGCUGAGAGUCAGUGGUCCAGAAUAAUCAGUGGAGUGGUUUCUGCUCUGGUUGUAUGUGUGACUUGGGUAAGCCCUUGAGUUCUUUGGGACAUGCACAAACAGCAGCCCUGGGGGG